GCAGCAGCGUGGUUGUUGGUAAACCGAUGCAAGUUCCAGUUUUCCCGCCUAAAAGGAACGUGAACCAGCAGAAGAGGCAAGUGGAUUUCGAUGCUGGAUCUCGCCCUGCGGCCGCAUCAGCCAGGCAACAGACCGCAGGUGUUCCACUGCAACAGGCUUUCCGUCCUGCCCCUCCGGCUGAAUUCCGUCGCCCCCAACAGCAACGCCCUCAACAGGAACGUGCUCAACAAUCGUCCUAUUCAGGAACGUCCCCAACGCGAACAGGAAGUUGAUGCUGCCACACGAGGUGGAGCUCCGUCGUCUUUCGCUUCCGCCGCAGCCCCUGAGCAGACUUUUACUCCGGCCAGAGAUAUCGCCGAUAGGCCCGCAGAAGCACCCGUCGAGAGGCCCGCUCGCCAGCAACCAGCUCAACGUCCAGCCCGCCCAGCUUCGUUCGGUGCUGAGCGUCCCCAAAGAAACCCCGAAUUUGCCGCUGGAUUCCCAUCCGGAUUCACUAGCGGACUUCCUUCUUUCGACUUCCAGGGACGCAUGCCAGAGCCGGAUGCCAAGAGCGAAGGAUUCAUGGAGUCUGCUUUGAACGAUUUCCCUAACUUGAAAUCUUUGGGUGGAUUUGAUGCUUUCCCCGAUGUUGCCCGUGAAGGAGACAGCUCAGCAAAGAGACCCUCUCAGAACCGACCUGCCCGACCUAACGCUCAGAAAAGCAAACGAUCAACACCACGUGGCAAUUUGACCAACGAUCCAUUACCGAAAAACCUAUCGAAACGGAAUAAGAAUAAACCCAUCGUUCUGGAAGAUGACGAAGCCAUGCUGGAACCGGAUUUCUCGCCCAUCAAACGAUCCAGCAAACAGCCGACUGAUAUUGCCGACAUCAUUGCCGAUUCCGUAGGAGAAGAACAGCGUUUCAAUCCGACUUUCCAUCCGAAUAACGGCCCGUACGGACGUGCCCCUCCACUGGCGCCUGCCAAUCCUCCGUCAGUGCCCACGUCAUCCUUCCGUUCACGUCGCCCGUCUUCCAUCGGUUCUUCGUCUGGCAAUAAAAACAGACAGAACCAGAGGUCUCCAUACGUCACCGACCAGUUCAAUGAAUUCGUCGAUGGCGAGAAUGGACUUUUGGGUUCGGGCAAUUUCGACGUGCUGGGCGGCGGGGUCUUCCGUGACACGGUCGAUUAUCAAAGGCCUUACGUCUCGUCGCAACCGGCGUAUUUCCCGCCUAGUUCACCAGCGCCACCGCUACUACAUGACUCUUAUAGGCCUCAUCAGCCUUUCUUCCCGUCUGUCCAGCAAUCACCACCUAUCGGCGAUCAAUUUGGAAAUUUCGUUCCGCCGCUGAAACCUUCUCUUCAUCAACAACAGGGGCCGCCUUCUAAUAAUAACAAUUACGGCAACGUCCCCACGUUCCCGAACUCGUUCUUCAACGACGAUGACUUCUUUUCCAACUUCCGAGACUUUGCCGACGUCAAUCAGGACUAUCGUAACUGAUCCAGUUGGAAUUCCGUCUUAAUUGUUAGAUAGACCACACCGGUGUUAACUCUGUGCUAUUUGGAUGUCGUACCGAAUUUUUCUCUCUUAUCAUCCGCCUAUCGUUAAUUUCUCUUUCUCGAAACUCGAAAAAAAAAAGUAGGUUGACGUGUGUACAAAAACAUUAUGCAACGAAUGUCGCAGUAUUUUUUUAUAAUUUUUUUUUUUUUUACUUACUAAUCCACAUCGUUAAACUUUUUUCCAUUGACACAAGAAGACCCCCCGGCUUUUAUCCAUUCGAUGCGAUAGCUCCACCUCACGCUGGUCGUGAAUGGGAUGGGCUCGCUUACGUUGACAUCUUUUUCUUCCCAAUUUUUUUGCUGCAUUUUGUUCUAUACAAUUAACUUGAAAUCAUCACGCAGCUGACGGCUAUCCAUCUUUAUUCAAUUUAAAUAUCACAGAGCUUAACCCUGGAAUCUAUAAGAUAAACCAAAAUACACAUAUUAUCACAGUAA